CGACACGCGAAAACAGUCGACGCUUCCCUCAGUGUCCGUCCGUCCAUCCAUCAUUAAUACAAGCAGCACAUCCGAGAGCUGCACACCCCACUCGACGAGUUCUGUUGCAGUGGUGGCUCAGGCUGUUGCAAUCUUGACAGAGCGCCUAUUCCAAGGUGCCCUUGUCGCGCAUUGCUCAGCAGAAUCGCGCUCCUUGCUGAGACACGCUGCGACCAGGUCUGGACAGGCCACUUACCUCCAUCACUCCCGUCAUCUUUACUCUUUGUGCGGACGCCUCCUCAGCGGCCCGACUGAUUGCGAGUAUCCAACCUUGGACACACGCUUGAACCUCUGCACAUUCCGCCACCAUGUCGAGCAAACGAAAGAGGGACCUCGAAGUCUUCGACCCAAACAAGUCUGAUUCUGACGAUGAAAACUUUGACCCGACGGAGGCCCGGCCGCGCAAGACUUCUCGGAGGGCUCGAACGGGGUCCAAGAGAAGCGGGACGAAACCAAGAAGACGUCGCGGGUAUGGCGGCUCCGACAUUGACGAGGAUGACGACGUGCUCUCCGACAGCGAAGAGGAUGUAUCCCUGGACGAAGAGGACGAAGAAGACGAAGAAGCCCCCAAGAACGCAGCUGGUCGUCGCGCUCGAAAAGCGGCAACGCAACGGACAAAUUACGCCGAAAGCGACGACGAGAGUGACGACGAGCUGAAGCAAGAGGACGAAGCUUCUGAAGAAGUAGAAGCCAAACCAACAAAGAGGCGAAUGGUGCACUUGCGAGUACCCCAACGCGCAUCCACACGACGCACACGCGCUACGACCGAAGACGCCGAUGAGUUCCUGGAGCUUACCAACUCUGGGAGGCACGCGCGAUCGUCCAAAAGCAAGAGUCCCGAGACUGUUGCACGCACCUCACGCGCCUCACGUGCAGCCAAGAGCGUCAAGAAGGCUCCAGAACCAAUCGAGGAGGCCACGCAAGAAAGCAGCCUUAGGGAGGUGAAUGAUGCGGACGAGCCCGACGAGUUAUCGCAAGACCAAAUCGCCAUUGAGUCAAAGGAAGAAAUCGACGAAGAGAUGGCGGAGGCAAACGAUGUUGGGGUGGAGGUGGGCGACGUAGACGCAUCUAAGGAGGAAGUCACCCCACCGCCUGUGGCUGAGGAUGACGAGGAUGAUGACGACGUGCCCAUCACUAGAAGAACGCGGGCAGCCCGGGGCGCAGCGGCGCCGGAGGCAGGUGAAUCGGAUGCCGCGCCAACUGGGCGAGCUCGUCGUCUGACGAGGGGAAGAGGCGCGACGAAGAGGUCGGCAGCAGAGCCUAGUAGUGACUUUGAGCCAGGCGAAGAUUCAGAAGAUGCGCCCAUGUCCGCCGGUGGAGACGACGAUGAACUGGCCAGCCCCAAUCCCAGAGGCAAGGCUAGCCAAAGAGGUCGCAGGUCUGGGCGCUCCUCCCAACACGCCGACGACGGAUCUGGAAAUGACGAUAUCGAGCUUGACGAGGAUGAGCUCGAGGAAGAGGCUCGCGAAUUGCGACAAUCGUCAAAGGGCCGUAGGCGACGUGCACGACAAGAGUCACCCGGUAUCGUCUAUGGCGAAAAACCUCGCCGCAAAAGAGAGGCCGUCAACUACUUCAUGCCCCCCGUCCCGCCCGCUAUUGUCGAGGAGGACGAGGUGGAUCCUGCGCCGACGCCUUCACGCACGCGUCGCGCGCGUGGAGCAGCCUCUGCCAUAUGGGAACGCAACCUCAACACCACAUACGGUCCUUUUGGUGGCGGCGGCGGUGCCGGCUCGCUCCUCACCGGACCCUGGGGCACUGGUGCAGCCGGUGGCGUCGACUCGGACAGCAGUGAUGACGAGAUGAUGCACCGUUCCAACGCCGCUGGAAAUGUUGGCAUGACGCCUGCUUCCGCUGCCGCUGGGGGCUUGGUCCCCGGCGGUCAAGGAUUGGCUGAUGCCACCCCGAAUGUUGGGAAGAUCAAGGACCGCAAGGCCCUUGCUGACGCCGAUCCGUUGGGCGUUGACAUGAGCGUCGAUUUCAACCAAGUCGGUGGCCUCCAGGGUCACAUUGACCAGCUGAAAGAGAUGGUGCAGCUUCCUCUCUUGUAUCCCGAACUGUUCACUCGAUUUCAUGUGACUCCACCGCGUGGUGUGCUCUUCCAUGGUCCACCUGGCACUGGUAAAACACUGCUCGCACGUGCGCUGGCCAACUCGGUUGGCUCUGGCGGCAAGAAAAUCUCAUUCUACAUGCGAAAGGGCGCUGAUGCUCUCAGCAAAUGGGUUGGUGAGGCGGAGAAGCAGCUGCGGCUCCUCUUUGAAGAGGCCAGGAAGACGCAGCCGAGCAUCAUCUUCUUUGACGAGAUUGAUGGACUGGCUCCUGUGCGCUCGAGCAAGCAGGAGCAGAUCCACGCGUCUAUCGUGUCGACACUGCUGGCCUUGAUGGAUGGUAUGGAUGGGCGCGGUCAAGUUAUUGUCAUCGGCGCGACCAACCGUCCGGACAACAUCGAUCCUGCGCUGCGCCGCCCAGGUCGCUUCGACAGGGAGUUCUACUUCCCCCUGCCGGACAUGGAUGGUCGCCGGGCCAUCAUCGACAUCCACACCAAGGACUGGGGCUUGUCUGACCAGUUCAAGCGGUCGCUGGCAGUCCAGACCAAGGGCUACGGCGGUGCCGACCUGCGCGCUCUGUCCACGGAGGCUGCGCUCAACGCCAUUCAACGCACAUACCCACAGAUUUACUCAACCCAAGAGAAAUUGGUGGUGAAGCCGGAGAAUAUCUCGGUUCAUGCGUCUGACUUCAUGAUGGCUGUCAAGAAGUUGAUCCCCUCAUCUGAGCGCUCGGCGACGUCGGGCGCUCAGGCGCUGCCCGACAGCAUUGCGCCCUUGCUUGCGAACCAGCUCGACAAGGCCAAGGCAGCGCUCGAUGAAUUGCUUCCUCGGAAGAAGAAGCUCACAGCUCUCCAGGAAGCCAUGUACGAGCAGCACAACGACGACGAUCAUGGCUUCGGAAGAGAAGCCCUCCACCAGGAGUUUGAACGGUCGAGGGUGUUCCGCCCCCGCUUCAUCAUCACAGGAAAGCAUGGUAUGGGCCAUGGAUAUCUAGCAUCGGCUAUUCUUCAUUAUCUGGAGGGCGUCCACAUUCAAAACUUUGAUCUGCCCACACUCCUCGGGGAUGGCAGGCCCAUGGAACAGGUCAUUGUCGGCUUGUUCACUGAAGUCCGACGCCACAAGCCGAGUGUCAUCUACAUUCCCAACUACGAUGCUUGGUACGCGACUCUGAGGGACUCACUUGCAUUCAUCACCUUUCAGACAAUGCUUCGGUCUAUUCCACCUACGGAUCCAGUUCUUGUUCUGGCAACAGCCGAGGUUGAACAGCCGAGAGAGAUGAUUCGUGACUUUUUCGGCUUCUCUCGCAAAAACCACAUGGAGAUUGCGCCGCCGUCACCGUUGAGUCGCCGAAGGUACUUUAGCAGAACGCUCGAGUACAUCAAGAAGAAGCCGGCCGAGUUCCCCGACCCGGAGAACCGCAAGAAGCGUGUGUUGGAGGAACUCCCAGUCGCUCCGCGAGAAGAGCCAAAGCCACCGACCAAGGCUGAGAUCAAGGCGCUGCAGAAGAAGGACCAUCAACUUCUCAACUCCCUCAAGAUCCAGCUGCAGCCCAUCAUGGACCAGAUCAAUCGUCGAUACAAGAAGCUCAGGCAACCCGUCAUCCCCCAGGCAUCGAUCGAGUAUCUUUUCGCCGAGGCCGACCCGCACUAUGUCCGCGCCGACAUUACAGAGCGCGAAAGCCGACCAUACGAGAUCGUCAAGGACAAGUAUGACAAUGACGUUUUGAGGGAUACUGCGACGGGCAAGUGUUUCUACAAUCUAGAGACGACUACGAUUGAGGAGCGUCUCUCGAAUGGAUUCUAUGCGCGACCGCAAGACUUCUUGUUCGAUAUCCGGGCGCUGGCCAAGGAUGCCAAAGCCAUAGGGGACAAGGAGCGCACUCUCCGAACCAACGAGCUCUUGACGAAUGUGGAGGUUGACAUUGCCACCAUUGAGACCAACAAUCCGCACGUCGAUUGGGACGCCCUGUAUCACCGCCAGGUUGAGAGAGCCAGGCAGCAGGCUGAGAAGGACCGGAAGAGGAGGGCGAUGCAGUCCAUUGUGGACAAGGUGCAGUCGGAUCUGGGCGCUGGGUUGAGCAACGACAGUGACUCGCAAGAUGCACCUAUUCAGAGCGAUGUCGUGCCCGGUGAACGCACAAUGGCGAGGUUCCAGGUCAAGAGCCCGCCCCGCGAUAGCUCCCAGGCCAAUGCAGAGCAGGGGUCCACGAGCAAUGACACUGUGACGCGUGUGGAAGGCGAUGUGGAGAUGAGUGGUGUCAACGACGACACGCAGGCCGCGUCCGAGAUGGGGCCGCCGCCCAAAUCGCAGACAGCCAUGACCCAGAUCUCGCAACGGUCCGCAGUCACAUCUCUCCCCCCGGGUGUCUCGCCAUCCGCCGUCAUCAAUGAGGCCUCGACGACCAAGACGUCCGAUCCAUCGACACACCGAGACUCGAAUUGGAGCACCCAACUCACGAACGGCAACCACAGUGGGCAGCAGCCGAGUCGAAUAGACGAUGACGAGGAGGAUAUCCCCGACACAGCGCCGCCCAUGAGCCAGGCCACUUCUAGUGGAGAGCAAUGGCCGCACUCGCAAGCCCAAGCUCUGCGGGGCGACAAUACGGGCAUGGAUUUGAUGCUCAGUGGUAGUCCCUCGUCGUCGAAUGCAUACCCUCGUACGCCUGCCAAGGGCAGCAUAGGGGCGCUGCUCAACGACAACCACACGGAGGAACAGCAUCUGAGCCGCAACUCUGGGUCGUCGGCGUCGCAGCCGCUGGACAUUGGCCACUCUGUUGACGAGUUCCUCAUGGAGCUGACCAACAAGACGUCGGGCUUCACCAUUGAGCAGCUCGAGCAGAUCAACCGGGAUCUGAUGGACGAGAUCUGGCGCAGCCGCAACGAGUGGAACAGGAACAAGGCCCUCAACGGCGCGACCUCUGUGUUCAACUCUACGAUUGGGGACAUUGAAGAGGCGGGAGGCAUGCCGGACCUGAGCCAACGGCAAAACGCGGACGUGUAGGCGUUGGUAUGAAUGGUCUGGACGGCACGGGCUUGUGGAAAGAUUUUAAUAAUCGGGUAUCAAUUUCUGGCGUUUGGGUCUUGACAGCGGCGCAUGCAGGCAUGCACACAGCAUACAUACACUUGCUGACUACUUGGGGGUGAAGACAUUGCAAUCACAGCUUACUCUUAGCGGAACUAUCGUACCUCUUCCCCUCGUCAUCCUGCUCUGCCACUGUGAGAUCGGGAAGCUGCUGUGGCAUGAUGCGCCUCGGUGCCGUCCCGGGGACCAGGC